GGGGCGGGGAGCCGAGGCGACUAGCGGCGCGGACCGCGGGGGAGGCGGCGGGGGCUAGACGGGCUCCCGGCGGGGGAGAGGCAGCUGCGGGCAGGGCUGAGUCAGAAAGCGGCGGCCGGACUCGCCCGGGAAGGGGAGAGCGAGAGCCCGGCGGGCCGGGAAGCGCGGAGCCGGGCGCCUCAGCCACCCGCGGCGACACAGGAGGCUGGCCGCCCACCCACGCAGCCCGAGCCCGAGCCCGCCGGCCGGCCCCUCUGGGAUGUCCGAGGGACCCAGGCAUCCAGGACGGUGACCGAGCGAGCCCGAGGAUGGGACGGCGCCUGCAGCUCCGGCUCGUCAAGGCCCUUCUCCUCCUGGGGCUGCACUCCAUCUCCGCCUCCCUCCAGGACCAGCACUGCGAGAGCCUAUCCCUGGCCGGCAACAUCUCUGUCAGUCCUCUCCUAGGUCCCAGCACAGACCAGAGCACGAAUGUUCCGUAAAAGUGGUUAUCAGGUGAGCUGGAAGGUGGGCCAGCUUCCUUUAGCUGGUUCCUCCCUGCAGGUCCAGAGCAGAUGUGGUUUGGUUCUAGAGACAUGUGAGGGAACUGGGUCAGGGGUUGGCUGGGUCUCUUCCGAGCCAUUCCAGGCUGUGAAUUCUUUUUUUUUUUUUAAUAUUAAAUGUGGGUUUUUUCUUUUUCUUAUUUAUUUAUUAUUAUUAUUUUGGCUGCAUUGGGUCUUCAUUGCUGCACGCAGGCUUUCUCUAGUUGCGGCGAGUGGGGGCUACUCUUUGUUUCAGUGCGUGGGCUUCUCAUUGUGGUGGCUUCUCUUGCUGCGGAGCACGGGCUCUAGGCACGCAGGCUUCAGCAGUUGUGGCAUGCAGGCUCAGUAGUUGUGGUUCGUGGGCUCUAGAUUGCAGGCUCAGUAGUUGUGGCGCAUGGGCUUAGUUGCUUCACGGCAUGUGGGAUCUUCCCGGACCAGGGAUUGAACUCAUGUCCCUUGCAUUGGCAGGCGAAUUCUUAACCACUGCGCCACCAGGAAAGUCCCAUGCUGUGAAUUCUAAGAGCUGCGGUCCAAGUAAAGGGCCAAGAGAAGUGUCCUCAGGCUGCAGAGCAGAGGACCUGGAGCAUGUCCAGCCUUCCUCUAAAUGCCAGCCAGGAUCUCAGCUUUUAACACCACCUCCAGCCAUCUCUGUUCCUCCUCUGCUCUGGAACCCACAUUGUCUCCCUAGUGCCAUAGCAUCAAAUUCAGAUUCCUUUCCCUGGUGUCUCCUCUUCAGAAAAGGAGCUCAUCUCUGCACUGGGGUCAUUGCUCCUGUUCUGUCCCCAGAUGGCUUGUGAAUGUGGCCCACUGGGGAGGGGGGUGGGACACUGCAGAGGGGAUGUUGCUCUGCCUCACCAGCCGUCUCUGCCCCCAGGACUGCAGUGCAACGCAUCCGUGGACCUCAUUGGCACCUGCUGGCCCCAGAGCCCCGCAGGGCAGCUGGUGGUUCGACCCUGCCCUGCUUAUUUCUACGGUGUCCGCUACAACACCACAAACAACGGCUACCGGGAGUGCCUGGCCAAUGGCACCUGGGCCGCCCGCGUGAACUACUCAGAAUGCCAGGAGAUCCUUAGCGAGGAGAAGAAGAGCAAAGUACACUACCACGUUGCCGUCAUCAUCAACUACCUGGGCCACUGCAUCUCCCUGGUAGCCCUCCUGGUGGCCUUUGUCCUAUUUCUGCGGCUCAGGAGCAUCCGGUGCCUGAGAAACACCAUCCACUGGAACCUCAUCUCGGCCUUCAUCCUGCGGAAUGCCACGUGGUUCGUGGUCCAGCUCACCAUGAGCCCGGAAGUCCACCAGAGCAACGUGGGCUGGUGCAGGCUGGUGACAGCCGCCUACAACUACUUCCACGUGACCAACUUCUUCUGGAUGUUUGGCGAGGGCUGCUACCUGCACACAGCCAUCGUGCUGACUUACUCCACCGACCGGCUGCGCAAGUGGAUGUUCAUCUGCAUCGGCUGGGGUGUGCCUUUCCCCAUCAUCGUGGCCUGGGCCAUUGGGAAGCUGUACUACGACAAUGAGAAGUGCUGGUUUGGCAAAAGGCCUGGGGUGUACACGGACUACAUCUACCAGGGCCCCAUGAUCUUGGUCCUGCUGCAUCUUGCACACACCCAUGCCCAGGCCAUCCCACCGUGUGUCAAAUUACAGAUCAAUUUCAUCUUCCUUUUCAACAUCGUCCGCAUCCUCAUGACCAAACUCCGGGCAUCCACCACGUCUGAGACCAUCCAGUACAGGAAGGCUGUGAAGGCCACCCUGGUGCUGCUACCCCUCCUGGGCAUCACGUACAUGCUGUUCUUCGUGAACCCCGGGGAGGACGAGGUCUCCCGGGUCGUCUUCAUCUACUUCAACUCCUUCCUGGAAUCCUUCCAGGGUUUCUUCGUGUCUGUGUUCUACUGCUUCCUCAACAGCGAGGUCCGCUCUGCCAUCCGGAAGAGGUGGCACCGAUGGCAGGACAAGCACUCCAUCCGCGCCCGCGUGGCCCGCGCCAUGUCCAUCCCCACCUCCCCCACCCGUGUCAGCUUUCACAGCAUCAAACAGUCCACAGCAGUCUGAGCUGGAGGGCCGUGGAGUGGCCCCCGAGAUCCACGGCUGUGGAGAUGGUCGCCAGGCUCAGCUGGCCGCCCUGUCUGUGGAGGGGACCAGCUCUCUCCCACACCCUGUGCCCCCAGGAGCAGCUGGCUGGCACUGAGAGCCCGGGAG